AUGGGUAAAAAAGUAAGAGAAUAUAAAUCCGGCGACUUCAUAUUCGCGAAAGUUAAGGGAUAUCCAGCAUGGCCAGCUCGAGUACAAAGGCUGAAUGGAAAAAAAUAUUUUGUAUACUUCUAUGGUACUGGAGAAACUGCAAAUCUUCCACCCAAUAUGAUUUUUGACUAUGCAGAGAACAAAGACAAGUUUUUAACAAAAACUGUGAAACGAAAAGUUUUUAAUGAUGGUGUGAAGCAGAUUGAAUAUGAUUUUAAAAAUAAUGUGCCAUUAGAGCAAGUCAUUGGGCUAGCUGGUUUAUUACCAGAAGAUGCCACCGCCAAUGAUACAAUUAAUGAGUCAAUGGCAAAUGACUCGCUUGAAGACACUACAAUUGGUGAUGCUGACACUACAGCUGGCAAUGAUACUGCUGAUGAAACUACACAAAAUGAUGCUGGUGUGGAUGAUUCUGAUGAGACUGCCGGACUUAUCAUUGAUGAGGGCAAGAAGGGCCGCAAGUCCACUCCCAAAGUGCCCUCAACUCCCGCCAAACCAGCAAAAGAACCCAAGACGCCACGUGGGAAAGCAAAGAAAGACGAAUCCGGGGAAGGGGAAGAAGAAAAAAAAGAAGAGGAGAUCAUUAGCAGAAGUGGCAGAAAAAUUCGACCUAAAAGGUACAUAGAUGAACAAACUGAAGAAAAUAAUACAUUACCAUCACCUGCACCAAAGAAGCGUCGUGCUGUGUCCCCCAUUGUUGAAAAAGAAAAGGAAAAAGAAAAAGAUACUAGUACUGCUAGGGAGAAAUCUGACAAAUAUAAACACUUCAAUGCUGUAACACAGAUCGAGCUUGAGGAUUUGAAAGAGCCAUUUAUGCAAGAGGAAGCAGACAAGGAAAAUAUCCUCAUUGCUUAUCUCCCUAAUGGGCAGUAUGUUGGAAUUAGACUUUUCCAGUCUAGACCUACAAAUUUCAAAAAUGAGGCUGCUAGGCUAAAUUGGGACAAGCAAGCAGCUUCAAAUGCGAUCACGCUUAAGUUGCAGUUAGAGAGAGGACAAAUAACUUCUCAAUCUGUCAUGACACAGCUGGUUAUGGAUCUUCAUUUAACUGAUGAAGAGAAAGCUACAUUGGAUAAAGAGAGAGAAACUGAGGAAAAAAAAUCGCGUGUUCAAUUCUUGAAGACUGAGAUGAAGCUAAUAGAAUUGGAUGCUAAAAUAAAGACAUGUCUAUGUUUGGAAAAAGCAGAUACCGAUCUGUGUUUAAAACUAUUGGAUGAGUUAAUGGAACUUGAUGUGAAACCCUUGAUGUUGCUGAAACACCCAACAUGUUUGGAGACUGUAAAACGAAUGCGAGCAUAUGUUGGAAACACAAACUCAUGGGACUUAAAAUAUGAAGGAGUUAUUUACCACACC